AUGACCGAUAAGAAAAAUCUCUUGCUUUUAUUUGAUCGCCCCACGGAGCCGGUGUUCAUGGAAAAGGGAAGAUCUUCCACUUUCUUCCAUGUGCCUGAUGAAUUUCUUACGGAUCGUUAUCGCACCCUCGGCGGUGAUGUACAAAGUCGUUUUGGUGAAAUGACCGAUAAGCGGGUGCCAGUGCGUGAGAUUAAGCUGCCCGAUUUAAGUUUGGCCAUGUCUUUGGAUCGCGAUGAGCAGUUUUCAUUGUUUAUGCCCCGGCAUCGGCGCAUUGCUGCCCGCCUUAUUGAUAUAUUCCUCGAAAUGCCCACCACUGAUGAUCUCUUGAGUGUUGCUGUCUAUGCUCGUGAUCGUGUCAAUCCUUAUCUCUUCAAUUAUGCUCUCUCGGUGGCUUUGAUGCAUCGUCCUGAUACCAAGGGUCUGGAUAUUCCCUCGUUUGCUCAGAAUUUUCCCGACAAGUUUAUGGAUUCGCAGAUCUUCCGCCUUAUGCGCGAGGAGGCCAGUGUGGUGCCCGAGGGCUCUCGCAUACCCAUAAUAGUGCCCCGAAAUUAUACAGCCUCUGAUUCGGAACCGGAACAUCGUCUAUGGUAUUUUCGUGAGGAUAUGGGUGUUAAUUUACAUCAUUGGCAUUGGCAUUUAGUGUAUCCCUAUGAUGCCACCGAUAUUCGUAUCAUAGCCAAAGAUAGGCGUGGCGAAUUGUUCUACUACAUGCAUCAUCAGAUCUUGGCCCGUUACAACAUGGAACGUUUCAGCAAUAACUUGGCUCGAGUAAAGCGUAUCACCAACUUCCAAGAGCCCAUACCUGAGGGUUAUUUUCCCAAAAUGGACUCUUUGGUCUCGAGUCGAGCUUGGCCACCGCGUUUUGAAAACUCCAGACUGCGUGAUAUGAGGCAUGAAACCGAGCGCAUGAAUGUGGAUGUGGCCGAUUUGGAUCGUUGGCGUAAUCGCAUUAUCGAUGCCAUACAUCUGGGCUUUGCUGUGGAUUACGAUGGCAAUGCCAUACCCUUGGAUGAGCGUCAGGGCAUCGACGUCCUGGGCAAUAUGGUGGAGGCCACCCUAAUAUCACCCAAUUUGGGCUUCUAUGGGAAUUUCCAUAACAUUGGUCAUGUUCUGAUCUCCUUUACCCAUGAUCCUGAUCAUCGUCAUUUAGAGCCGUUUGGAGUAAUGGGCGAUACGGCCACUGCAAUGCGUGAUCCUGUCUUUUACAGAUUUCAUGCCAACAUCGAUGAGAUCUUCGAGGAACAUAAGAUUCGUUUACCUAGAUAUACUCCGGCUCAGUUGCAAUAUGAAGGCAUUUCGGUUUCAGGAGUUCAAGUCAUACCCGAAGGUGAUGGUACCCCCAAUAUACUCUCCACCUUUUGGCAACAAUCAGAUGUGGAUAUGUCUCGCGGCAUGGACUUUGUACCGGCGGGCAGUAUCUAUGCCCGUUUUACACAUUUGCAACAUACACCCUUUGGCUAUACCAUCAAUGUGGAGAAUGCUAGUGGCGCCACACGUUAUGGCACGGUGCGUAUUUUUUUGGCACCCAAAACCGAUGAACAUGGUCAAGAGUUGCUAUUCAAUGACCAGCGUUUGAUGAUGGUCGAAAUGGAUAAAUUUGUGGUGCAGUUGGAACCUGGUCAAAAUAGGCUAAAACGCAAAUCUUCCGACUCCAGUGUGACCAUACCAUUUGAGCGUACCUUCCGUGACCUGGAAAAAGAUCGUCCCGCUGAUUUCUCUGAGGAAGAAUUGGAGUUUAAUUUCUGUGGCUGUGGCUGGCCUGAACAUAUGCUGAUACCCAAGGGCCUUGAGGAUGGCCUGCAGUGUGUUUUGUUCGUCAUGGUCUCCAACUAUGAGGAUGAUCGUGUUGAUCAAGAAUUGGUGGGUUCCUGCAGUGAUGCAGCUUCUUAUUGUGGCGUCCGUGAUCGCAAGUAUCCCGAUCUUCGUUCCAUGGGCUUUCCUUUCGAUCGUUUACCCCGCGAAGGUGUCGACAGUUUGGAAAAAUUCUUAACAUCCAAUAUGGCUACUGUUGAUGUGACCAUUCGCCAUGACCCAUCCAAGACUGUUAUACGGCAAACGUAG